AGAAUUGAGGAUGCUUGCACAUUGCUGACUGCAGAAACAGUAGCAAAUGCAACAAUGUCUUUUAGUAUUUAUAGCAACCCCAUGAGGCCUCGUUUAGUUGCCUUCCAGGACUAGGAAACUGCCUUGUACUUUAGCCACCAUUGAGAGACAUGAGGAGCCACUCCUGCUCCAAGCACGCCGUCAACAGAAGCGUGGAGGUGGAGAAGCCAAACCACAAAGAAGAACCGCAUCUAUCCGGUGCGUACAUUCGUAGUCUUGUCAAGCAACUGAGCUCCUCUAGGUCCAGAGCUUCAACAGAUCCAUCGUCAGCGAAAGAGGAGGUUGUAGGUGGUGUUUUCCAAGAUCUUGGCAGCCAUGGUGAGCACCUUCAUGGAGCACAGCAACAACAACAAUUACCAAGGUCAAGGCCACCUAAGAAACAAGUGAGAAGAAGACUCCACACAACCAGGCCUUACCAGGAAAGAUUGUUCAACAUGGCAGAAGCUCGAAGAGAGAUUGUAGCUGCCCUCAGAUUGCACAGAGCUGCCAUUAAACAAGCAAAUGAACAUCAGCAACAACAACAGAACUCGGCACCAGUAUCAAAUUUCAACCUCUCUGCACCGCCCUCGAAAGAAACAUCGAAUGAGCUGAUGGGUUCUGUGAGGAACACUACAAAUCAUCUGCCGAAUUACAACUUUACUAACUACUUGCAUGGCGCUCCUUUCUCGCCCAUAACUUUCCCUUCUUCCUUCUCGUGGGCUUGUCCAUCGAUUACACCUUUGUCCAUCUCUGAUAACCUGAAUUUUCCUUUGCCUGAUCAGCCAUUAGGCCUAAACCUCAACCUUCAAAGUUUCAAGGAUAUCGACAUUUCCUUGCGCCACAACCACCGCGAUCAACAACCAAUUGAAUCAUCACAAGCUUCAUCAUCGUCUUGUUCUUAUUCUCCUCCUAGUGCCAUGUUGGGUAUAGAAUUACUGGCUGUCUCAAACAAUUCCAAACAAGCCUCUCAAGUUCGAUUGGACCCUGCAUCCAUGCCGCUGCACCUGGCGAUGGAUGAUGAAGAGAUGGCAGAGAUACAUUCAAUUGGGGAACAACACGACAUGGAGUGGAAUGAUAAAGUGAAUUUGGCAACAACAGCAUGGUGGAGUAAAUUCCUGAAAAGCAUGGAAGGUGGCCUAGAGGAGAGAGAGGGUGGAGUCGGUGCAGAUAGGCUUCAUGUGUUUGAUGAGUUCCUAGAUAUACCAUCUUGGUUAAAUGAUGGUGUCGAAGGGAAUACAAAGGAGACUUCCUCUUGUCAGCAAGAUUUGGAUGACAAUUUUCAAGUGGAGGAUUAUUUGCAAGAUACAUCCUUGGCAAGCUUGGAUAUUGGAGAAAUUGGAUAUUGGUAAGAAGAAUGGUUUUCAGAGCGAGAAUGAUGAUUUUUGACAAGGGCUAUUUCAUCAAUACUUCAAUAAAAUGAAACUCAAGGUUCUCUUGGAGAUUGCAGUGUAAUGAGACUCACAAUUUUCAAAGAAAUCUUUCAUCAUGACCCAAAUAAAGUGCUCUCUUAGAUAUAGAAUGGCAAGUUCAAGAGUUGAAUACAAUGUAACAGGGAACAGUUUCAUUUUCUUUGAGAUGUCAAAGUUUUUGUUUU